AUGGUGCAGCCCUGCAGGUGGCUGCCGCUGGAGGCGGAUCCGCUGUUGUUUGCGCAAUACGUGAACGCCCUCGGAGGCCCAGUCGCCGCAGCGCUUGAGCAGGGCGACGAAGCGGAGCAGCGCCACGAGGCGCAUGAAGCGGUUCUCGUCUUCGAAGACCUCCUCGCCCUCGAGCCUUGGGCGGCGGCGAUGCUCAAGAAGCCGACGGUCGCGGUCUUGCUGCUGUUUCCCAUCACCACGGCCACCGAGAGCGCGCGGAGGGAGCAGGAGGCCGCGGAGCCCGGGAGAGAACUCGAGAAAAACGUCUGGUUUACCAAGCAGACCGUCGACAACGCCUGUGGAACGGUCGCGCUGCUUCACUGCAUCGCGAAUCUCCCGCGCGAGAAGUUUCCGCUCCAACCCGGCGGCUUUCUCGAGACUUUCCUCCGGGAGACUGCGUCGCUUUCGCCGGAGGCGCGCGCGCAGCGUCUCGAGACAGACGUGGCGCUGGCGAGUGCGCAUCGCGCCUUCGAAACAAAGGGUCAGUCGGCUGUCCCUGCGCCUGAGAGCGGCGUGGACACGCACUUCGUCGCUUUCGUUUACGACGAGAAAACGGGGAUGCUCGUGGAGCUUGACGGUCGGAAGGCGCGUCCCGUCUCGCACGGCGCGGUGCUCGGCGACGCCACGCCGCCGCCACGCCUCGAGGCCGUCGCGCGCGACCAGCUGCUGCUCAAGAAAGCUGUCGAGGUGAUUCAGAAAGAAUUCGUCGACAAGUCCCCCGGCGAACUGCGCUUCCAAGUCAUCGCCGUCGGCGACGCCCACGCCCCGCCACAGAUGUAA